AUGGAAAAUGACACUCAGACCUCUACCGACUUCAUCCUCCUGGGCCUGUUGCCCCCAUCAAGGGCUGGCCUUGCCCUCUUCAUUCUCAUCACCCCCAUCUUCCUAAUGGCUUUGGCUGGCAACCUGUCCAUGGUUCUGCUCAUCCUCCUGGACGCCCAGCUCCACACGCCCAUGUACAUCCUGCUCAGUCAGCUCUCCCUCAUGGACCUCAUCUACGUCUCCACCACUGUCCCCAAGAUGGCUUCCGGGUUUCUAUCUGGAAACAAGUACAUCUCCUUCCUUGGGUGUGGCUUCCAGAGUUUCUUCUUCUUGACUUUGGCAGGUGCAGAAGGACUGAUCCUGAUGUCCAUGGCCUAUGACCGUUACGUGGCCAUUUGCUGUCCUCUGCACUACCCCAUCCGCAUGAACAGAAGGGUGUGUGUGCUGUUGAUCCUGGGAUCCUGGGCAAUAGGUGCUCUCAAUGCCUGUGCGCACACAGUGUAUGCCUUUCACAUCCCUUACUGCAGGUCCAGGGCCAUCGAUCACUUCUUCUGUGAUGUCCCCGCCAUGCUGACUCUGGCCUGCAUGGACACCAGGGUCUACGAGUACACUGUUUUUCUGAGUACCACUUUCUUUCUCCUGUUCCCCUCCACAGUCAUUGUGUUUUCCUAUGGGAAAAUUCUCCUUGCUGUCUGCCGCAUGAGCUCUCGAGAAGGCAGGAGGAAGGCCUACUCCACCUGCAGCACCCACCUCACGGUGGUGACUUUCUACAUGGCACCUUUUGCUUACACUUAUCUCCGCCCAAAGUCCCUCCGAUCUCCAGCCGAGGACAAGGUCUUGGCUGUCUUCUAUUCCAUGCUCACCCCAGCGCUCAACCCUGUGAUCUACAGCCUGAGGAACAAGGAGGUGCUGGGGGCCCUGGGAAGAGUGACCCAGAGAAUCUGCUCUGGGAAAAUGUAG